GCCAACAUACGACUGACUCUGGCCUGGUCGCUGUCUUGUUCAACUUAUGAUAAUCGUACUUGUCGAUGAUGUCGUCAGUCGUAUCUUUGAUGGUUCCGAAUCCUCCGCAGUUCAGUGAUUACAGGUUCUUUUGACAGGGAUUCAUUUAGGGCGCAUUAUCCACCUAUUUCACUUCUAAUUAUCUCGAACCCUUGGAUUCUUGACUAUUUUUCGUUAAACGUAACAACAUUCGGAGACUUCGAGAUUUGAUUCAGGUCGUUCUUUUAAUAUUCCUCACCUUGCCUGGAGGCGACUGACGACUCUUUGCUAACUCUUGUUUCGGCGGACGUUGCACUUGAUUGUGAUCCUUUGUGCUUCGAGCAAUGAUCAUGCAAGAUGGGUUGCUGCCUUUCGCGUUCAAGUAAUGAGGAACAGCCAUUCCAUGCAUCCACAGCGACACAGGAGCCUCAAGAAGAUGCUCUUUCCACCCAUCACUCCGAGCAACACUCACGCCAACAAGCUUCAAAUAGUUCGACUCGUCGCCGUUCUCGCCCCAGAUGUCAAGGUGUGGCGCUUCCAUUAGACCAACACUACAACCAGCCGAUCCGGCCGCACAUCUGGCGCAGUAAGCGGCGCCUAUGGACACGAACACAAAUCGAUCGAGAGCGGGAAGAAUUUUUCGAUACCAGGGUUACUGGCCGGGAAGAGGUGUGGGCCGCUCUUCGUGCGGCAUUGUCUCUAUUGCGCGAAGGCGAUAUUGAGACGGCGCAGGGAAUUAUAGACGCCGCCGGAGUUACUGUUCCCACCGGCGAUUUUUGCGACGGCUGUUACGAUGAAAAUGGUGUGUUGUAUCGAUUACCUCAAUGUAUCGUGAGCGAUCCGGACAAUAUUGCGGAUGACUCUGGUGCCGCAGCCGGCGAAACUGACGGAGUGGACGAUGAUAUGGAAGAUGGAAUAUCAGAUCGCAAGAUUGUUUCGGAAGAGUCAGACGAGGAACUCAUUUCCGAAGAUGCUGAGCGACGUCGUGAGGAAAAAGGAAAAAUGAGCGAGCGCGAUAUGAUUAGGGUCCAGGCCCGGUUAAGUGACCGCGGUGGGCCAGAUGUCAUGAUAUCUAUUGGAAAGACACAAAACGUGAGCUUGCUUGCUCGCAAGAUCCAUAGUGAGACCAAAAUGUCCAACACUCAGCGUGUUCGUAUUGUUUAUCUUGGUCGAGUGCUGAGAGAAAAUGAGCCUUUGGUCGACCAAGGCUGGAAACAAGGUCACGUCAUCAAUGCAAUGGUUGUAGCUCGGCCAGCGUCUUGACAUUUAACAGACUCAGGAUCUGGAAUUUACUUGUGGCCCAGUCUGGUGAGGUAACUACGCCAAGUAUCUCAUCUCGACACAUCUGCUCGUCGUUUUACUGCAUUAUUUUCUUUUAUAUCGGAGUUCUAACUGACUAUUUUCGCACAAUACCCCAGCUGUUCUACAUCAAUGAUACUUCCUUUUGUUACUGUGAGCAGUGUCUUCUACAGUUCCUGUAUCAUUUGUACAUGUUUUAAUUCUAUGCAUCAACAAAGGCGCAACUAUAUCUUCAUUAUCCUGGAUCGACCUCAAUGUCGAUACUUACUGGCGCCUAAUCUCCACUCCGUACCAUUACCUGCUUUAAUGAUCUUACUGAAUUCUAUCCAUGAUUCAAAA